AUGACAUCAACACCAAUAAGCGCCAAGCGCAAGCGAGAAGAAGACCAACCGUCGAGUCCUGCGACUAAGCCGCACAACGGUCCUGAACCGGCCGACGCUCCAAGGGUAAUCGGCCCGGCUGUGCCGCAUCAUCUGGGGAGUAGCACUCCUAGCGAUAUCGAAGAAAAAAAACCCUCAAAAGAAGAAGAAUCCGACGAUAGUGAUGAUGAUAGUGAUGACGAUUUUGGGCCGCAGUUACCGCCAGCUGCAGGCACGCAGGCGGCCAAGCGCAACGAGGAUGCUAGUUGGGCUGAGACCAUAAACAACAAAGCGACGGAAAAAGCGUCCUCCAAGCCGGUGGAAAGAGACGAAUGGAUGGUGGUUCCCCCAACCAAGGGGUCAUGGGCUUCGGGGACACAGGGUGCGCCCAUGCAAAGUCGCAAGUUCACAACGGGGAGGUCAGCGCGCAGUUCUGCAGCAACAGAAGGUAGUGCUGCAUCUACCUGGACCGAGGAUGCCUCCCAAAAAAGGCUGCGACUGGAGAAUGAAGUUUUGGGAAUUCAAGUUCAAAAUAAAACUACUGAGAAAAAAUCCCAGCCAGCAAGGCACAAUGAUAUUACUGCAAAAAGACUGAAUGAUACUAGGGGGCAAGAAAAGAAACCGUCAUUAUUUGAGACUCACAAGCAGCGGUCACAAAAAGCAGACGAAGACGAUCCAAGUGCACGGCCUUUUGAUCGAGAAAAGGACAUAGCCGGACCGACCAACAUUUCGAACGCGAGUCGAAAAGAGAUGCUAAAUAGAGCCUCGGAUUAUAGUUCUAGGUUUUCAGGGGGGAAAUAUCUGUAG